ACAAACUCUCAGGCUGGAGCAGACGGCAGCGGCUGCUGCGCGCGCUCCUCGCCCGGGACUGGGACUGGGCUCGCGCCGCGCGCGUGCCGCUCGUUAGCUCGCCUGGAGCCCGGGCAAGCCUCGGAAAGAGCAGAAGCAGCAGCCGCUGCAGGGACCUGCAAAGGGGGAGGGGGGGGCAGGAGGCGGGAGAGAAUCCGGGAAGCAGUGCCUGCAACGGCUUGUGGGUCCCUGGGGCGGCGGGACGUGGGACGUGGGACUAGGGGUUAACUGUCUUUGGAGGCAGCCCGCUUUCUUGGAGUAGGCGCCCCAACUAACCCUGCGUGUUCCCGCAAUGCCCCUUAGCUGCAACCAGACUGGUCUUGGCGGGAGCGGCAGCUCCUAGCGACCGGCGGGACGGCGCGAAGCGGCCCCAGGCCAGCCGGGCCCAUCACGUGCAGCCGCCUCGGACGCGCCGAGGCUCUGCUAGUAGGGGACGUGGAGAGCCCGGGUCCUCCCCUGAGGGCAGUGGCCGUUCCCAUGGUGAAAGGCAGUUAAUGGAGAAGCGGGCGAAUGACAGCCGGGACUGUGGUCAUCACAGGCGGAAUAUUAGCAACAGUAAUUUUGCUAUGCAUCAUCGCAGUCCUAUGUUACUGUAGGCUUCAGUAUUACUGUUGCAAGAAAGAUGAGUCAGAAGAGGAUGAGGAAGAGCCUGACUUCGCCGUCCACUCCCACGUCCCACCACUCCACUCCAACCGAAACAUUGUACUGACGAACGGGCCCUCACUCUACCCAUCCUCCUCCUCGUCGUUCAACCAGAAAUCUCCCCAGUGCCACACCGUCUGCCCAAGCUGCUCCCACUAUGAACCACCAACCUUCUUCCUUCAGGAACCAGAGGAAGUUCGAAAUGGAGGAGAACGCAUCAACUAUAAAAGCAUCAGUCAGGAAGACAUAGAGCUGCCGGUGACUUUUGGCGGACUUCAGGCCCUCAACCCCAACCGCCUGUCUGCCAUGCGGGAAGCCUUCUCCCGAAGCCGUAGCAUCAGCACUGAUGUCUGAGCCCCUUUCUAACCCCCUGGAACUGGCCCAGGGAAAGGAGCGCUGGACUGGGGAUUGAGACCUGCGUUCUAGGCAUGUGACUUUUGGCGUGUUGUGGCCACAGUCUCUUCACCUCCAAAAUCAGGGGCUUUGAGCAGAUGGUCUCUAAGGUUCCUUUCAGCUCCAUCAUUCUUUGACUUGGGAGCCUUCAGUCCAUCCUCCAGACAUUGAACAACAGUUUGGCCACCGGGGAAUCCACCAGGGGGUCUGACUGAGAGAGUUUCUGAGAUGAUGAAUGUAUUUUAGUAGUUCACCGAUCCAGCAAAAGAGCAAGUCAUUCAGUCAAUCGGCAAACUAUUUCCUGAGCCCCUACUGUGUGGCCAGCUCUGCAUUAGGCCUUAUAGAAGGCACACACAUGAAAACACAUUCUCUGCCUUCCAGAAGUUGGGGAGGCAGGGCACAUGACGACAUAACUAACAGAAGCAGGCAGUCUAGUCUGAGUUUAAUACCCAAUGAGGAGUAUAAACUGUAGGAAAAUAAGACAAGGGAAAGGUCCCCGUGAUGUGGGACAAUCAGGCAGGGAAGGUCAUUGUUUAAGGAUGAGCCUCAGAAACAAAAGUGGUUAAAUUUCAGCUAAGAGAUGACAGUCAUAGAGUGAGAGUAGCUAUGGAGUAUGGGAGUGGAGGAGGGAGGAACCCAAGAAUUAAGGUAGUUUAAGCCAUUGCCUCCAUUUUAUUAAAGAAAUUUUGGUACCUGACUAUCUCAGGCUCCCAGGACUGUCCUGAGUGUCACCACACCGGGUGGCUUGUCUCACAUAUCAAGUAGUUGCCUGAGGUUGGAAGGACUUGGUACUGGAGAGUAGAAACACACAGCCUCCUCCAGCCCCCAAUGGGCAUGAAGGUAUUCCUCUUUUCAUUAUCUCCCCAUCUUCUUGGGACCCUAGAUCCCUUUGGAUCCAAAGUGGUGAAAGGUGACCCCAUCGGUGGAAAGGGAGCAGGGUGCAGGAGGAAGGAGAGAAUGAGGAUAAGGAUAUUAAAACACCACCUAAUUUGUAAUCAAUAAUAAUGGAGUAUGACUUUUGUCCUGCCUCCACAUACACGGACACACAAAAAAAUAGUGCUAAAUAAAAAGUUCCCCAAAUUUGCCUGGAGACUUCCUAAGUCAGGCAUGCACUCACACACACACACACACACACACACACACACACACACACACACACACACCCCUCCUUGGGGGAAAUGAGAUGGGCUUUUGAUGUUUGACAUAGCCACCUGUCUGCUAGAACAGUCCUUUGGAGUUCGAGUCAUUGUCCCAGAUGCCAGAAACAGUUUGGCCCAUUCUGCCUUCCACCCACCCUCCACAUUGAACACUGAUCUGCAGGCAUAAAUAACAGAAUCAACUCCAAAUUGUCUCUCGACAGAUCCCCAGUUCCAACAAUUUCCUCCCCAAGUAUUUUAACCUCAACACACAGCCCACCAACACCAACAUCCUCCAGGUCUAGGGGAAGAGAUAAAUUGGUUUUAACAAUAUCUAACAUACUGAUUAGAGAAAUCCUCUAAUCCUAAUGAUGGGCAAGUCACUAAACCUCCAAUGAAAGCAGCCAUUUGUAUGUCUCCAAUCAUUUUCUAUUUAGGAAAAGGCAAUACUUACUCUUUGGUGGCAGUUUGUUAAACUAUAUUUUUAAAAAGAUACAGGAAAUUAGACUGCCUGGAAAAUCCGUGUCCCCUGAGCUUCUCUCUGAAUGCCCCCAGUUCUGUCUUUGGGGAUUUCCCCUUCAAGACUACACUGAAUGGGAUUUGGGGAAGAAUAGUCCUUAUGAGACGGCCUGCUCACAACCAGAAAAGGCACUUCUCACCGAACUCUCUAUUAAAACUUCUACUUAGAAGACAUGCUCUUGGCAAAGGGCAAGCUGUCGUUUUAAGAGUUGUGGUUGGUUUAUAAAUAUUGUGUGCACUGUGACAAGAUGUUUUCCUCUCUUUCCCAGAAGGCUUUUAAUUCCACAGAAGAGGUUUUAAAGUACAUGAAAGAUUCGCCACUUUUGGUAUUCUGGAUUUUCUUUCUUCUUCUCCUUCUUCCGCCUUGGAUUAUAGCACAUCUGAGUUGCCCAAUUAAUCCAUCCCUGAAUGGGGCAAGUAGUCAGUGAAGCUUUGGUGUGAAUAUCUUUGCCAGGGAUGGCGUUCUCAGUGGUCCGAUGUCAUAACAGAAGCUUGAACGAACUCUUACUUUGUACAAUUCUUAUCUGAAGUUGGUUCUGUUGCAUUUUACUUUGGGGGGGUGGAGGGAGAGGUGGGGGGGUAAUUUCUUGUGGCUGUUGUCUUUCUAUUUUCCUGUUUCCUUUUCCUAUCUUAUACAUAACUAUAAAACAUAUAUACAUAUAUAGCUUUGAAUUGAAACAAGAGACAGGCAGCUUAACUUCACAGAGGUGGACUGCUGAAUAGGACUGACUCUUGGGCCUGCUGGAAAAAAAAAAAAAGGAAAUAAACCUUAUCUUUGACAUUA